AUGUCCCAUGCUAUUAUCAAUGACCUACGCGAAAAGGUUCGCCACCUUGAAAAGGAGAACCUCAAAGUCAAGGGCGAUUUUUCCUCUUAUGAGAAUGAUGUGGUGGAGCUCCGUAAAAGAAACAAGCAACUUAUGGAAAUAUAUAACUUAUCCGAUCAAGCCAUCAAUUAUCCUGUGGAAGAGUCUGUCCUCUUAGAGCAUCUUAAUGCUACUUUAAAUAAUCAUUCAACUGAUGGAUUGAAUGCCCUUAAUUUUGAGGAGCUCAAAUCAAGAUAUGAAAUCCUUAAGACCGAGGAUAAAUCCAUGUUAUCUGUUAAUAAUAAACUUAAAUCCCAACUUCAUAAAGCAAAGGAAGAGAUUAAGAGUUUGGAGUUAAAAAGGAGUGCAAUAAUAACCGAAAACGAUAAUGCGGUUCUUAAGGGUGCUAAAGCUUUAAAGGAAUUUCAAGAUGCCAUACUCCAAGUGCAAAUUGAGAGGGAUCAAGCUAUUAGAAAAGUUAACACCUUGAAUGCUCUUGUUGAGCAGGAGCAUCUUAAACAAAUCAACGAUCUAAAACUGAAGCUUUCUGCCAGAAAUUCCAAGUAUCGCAGACUUCAAGAAAAACUGGUGGUUGAUGUUUCCAAUACUAAAAAGAAUGCACUCCGUCUUUGGAACGAACAAGUUAAGAAACAAGUUGAUGACAUCUGCACUGAAUAUGAUCUUCCUUUUGUAGAAUUCGAUUUUCCUACUGUUACUCCCAACGAAGAAGGAAUAAAACUCUCUAAGAGUGAAGAAGAGUAUGAAGAAAGCAACUCAGAAACUGAGGAAGAUUUAAGAUGA